AUGUCGGGUAAAGAUGAUCCCGAGGAUUCUCAUAUUGGAACAGAACGGAGAUCCGAAGUUCGAGAUACAGAUCAGAAUCAAGACGAACUGGUUGCUGGCCACAUUCAAUGCUCAGUGUGUAGCAGUACCUUCCGACGACCAGAGCAUCUGAAGCGACAUUUGCGGAGUCACACCAAGGAGAAGCCGUUUGAGUGUGCCCAGUGCGGCCGGCAUUUUUCAAGAACUGACACCCUCCAUCGACAUGAAUUGAGCCACCACGCACCAGGUACAGGAGGAAAAGAUCGCACACAUCGGAUUACCGUCAAAACAUUCCGGGCGUGCUUUAGUUGCGCAACAGCAAGAGUAAGAUGUAGCGGUGGCACUCCAUGUGGGCGGUGCGACACUCGCUCGCUCGAAUGUCAAUACCCCACACAAAGGCGGUCUAAAGCAAAAGACAGAAGAGAUUCAGAGCAGGAAGCCUACGUGCAAGGCGACAACCUCAAACCCAUGCACCAAGGGUUGCAUUCAGCUUCUAGUCAGAGCCAGUUUUCUAUACACCUACAAAAUGAGCCGGCAUCAUCCAAAGCUUCGUUCAAUGCGUCGUCUACUCCCGGCAGUGAAAUCACAAAACGAAUACCACAAGAUGCACACACUAUUGGCUCGAGUCAUCGUUUCUAUCUCCCGAAUGAGACACAAGGGCUGUCUAAAACAGUGCCACCAGGGGUUUACCCUAGAGACAUCAACCAGACAUAUAGCUCGAGCUCCCACAACCCCAAAGUAUUUCCUGUUGAUUCAACCAACAACCUAGACUCUGAAAUGAGGGAUAUCCAGCCGGGAAUGGCCAACCCAGCAGGUGACAUUGAGAUGACCCUAGCGAAUAAUCCGGGGGUACCACUAGAAUUCGAUCCUGCGUUCUUUGAUCAAUCUAUGCUUUCCACCAUCAAUUGGCUCCCUAGUGAGUUGCUUUCUGGUGCUCCUCAUUGCCACCCGCAGUCCACUGGUGUUUCCUCGCAAUACAGUCAAUCUCUCAGCCCAAGUACCUACUUCUCUCGUACAACGUGGCAACCAUCGGUCAACCCUGGACAAGCCAGUUCUUUGCAACCAGAGCGGGUCUCCCAGACACCCUCUGCGCAUGUUUCUCUAGGAAACAGCAUGAGAAGCCCUACUCAAUAUUCUCACGGGAUUAGCGAGCCUUCUCCUCAUACUGAUUCAGUGGGUUCCGCUAAGGGAUCGGUAGACUACUAUGUCGAUGGUGCGCCCUCCAGACUCCCAAAGUACGGAAAGAAACACACGCCUUGGCCCAGCGAAUCUGUAGAGCUGGUGGAUACUGGCAAGCAACUGCUCAUUGAAGAUGGUGAGCACCGGUUCAACUUCCCUAUCAUUUCCGAACUGCGCACAGAUCACAUAUCGGAAGAUAUAACCCGGUUCGCACAACGGAUUGAAACCUCCACCUACGAUGGAAUUUAUCGGCACUUUGUUCAACUAUGCUGCAAUGAAACUCCCUUUUUUGAGGUGUUCGAGUCGGAAAGAUUCCCCACUGUGGAUGAAUGCAACCAGUUCAUUACCUUCUUCUUCGAUUCAUUCCAGACCGUUUAUCCGAUAUUACAUCUUCAUAGAUUUGAUCCCAAUACAAGCCAUUGGCUCUUGACUUUGUCAGUAGUGGCACUUGGCUGCCACGCGUCCCACAUUUCCAAGAUGGAGCAGUGUACAACCGCUUUCCACGAGCUGAUUCGACGGGGUAUCUAUCUUGAGGUGAAAAAGGCCUUCCCACCCUCAUGCAUUCGCUUCCAACUAAUUGUUUUGUACUGCCAGAAAGAAAAGACUCGCCCUAGUCAUGCUUCUCUCGAGAUAUUGCAAGCUAUGUUAUUCAACUGCAUUGGACUUUUCCAUGGUAAAAGCGAGCGAGGAAAGGCCUCAGCCUUGAGCACCUUUGGUGACUUGGUGACACUCAUGAAAACCUCCCGGUUGUUGACACCGAUGCGAACAAAAUUCAAUGAGGCGUCAGAGGAUGCAGCUUGGGCAUCUUGGAUUCAAGAUGAGGUCAGGAGACGCACCGGCUAUUGUAUAUGGCUUGUCGAUUGCACUCUUGCAUAUUACUUUGAUGAUCGGCCUCUGCUCUCCCUAGACGACGGACAAGCUGCGUUGCCCGCGCACGAGAAGCUAUGGCAAGCUGCAUCCGCAGAGGCAUGGAAGCCGCUGUGGGCUAAAUCAUUUGGUAACUCAUGUUCAGACCCCAAAACCGACAAAUCUCUAACUUCUACAGCCAACGAAUCCUUAUACGACGCAGUUCAAAUCCUCUACAUUGAGAAGAGAGUAGUACCUGGGAUAGGAGAAUUCAGUCACAUUUUACUCAUCCACGCUCUCUACCACCGAAUGUGGGAGGUGGGAGACUACUUCCGCCGCCCACUAUCCUUCUGGAACCCGACAGCGAAGAAGCAAUCAUGCGAGACCGCCAUCCCCAUAGGCUCAGUCUGGCUCCCAGGGAUCCCUUCAUACUCAAAAUGGCGCAACAGCGCAUGCGACUGCCUCGACAUCCUCCACUGGACCGCCAACAGCACCGUAGCCAAAGCCGCCGGCCUUGAGCAUCCAACCAUCCUCCACCUCCACACCGCCAGACUAUUCCUCCUCGCUCCGUUCCGUGAAAUGCGCUCCCUCGCAACCUCCCUGGCAACAGAAGAGCAGCGCUGGAGCAAAAGACAUCAGACCCUCGAGUGGCAGUACAUCUGGCGCUGGAUGAAACACGACCAAUACAAAGCCCGACUUUCAAUCAUCCAUGCCGGCGUCACUCUCUGGCAUAUCCGUCGCUACUCGACAAAUGCUUUCCACGAGCCUGUCGCCGUGUUCAUCGCUGUGCUGAUGCUGUGGGCGUACGGAUCAUGUCACCCGCAUACGUCCCAUGAGUCCAGUCCGCAUGCGGAGCCGCUCCAUGAACCGAGUUUCAUUCAUCUUGACCGGCCGUGCGAUGAUGAGCUUGUGCAGCUUUUUGUGAGGGAAGGUCAUGCUAUGAGAGGGAACAUUACUGGUGUUGGUGAUAUAUGUGGGGCUGAGGGUCCGGAAAGGGUCUUGCGGGUUGGAUGUGAGGUUCUUUCGGGCCUGACGGCGUGGAGUGUUUCGAAAAAGUUCGUGGCUAUUUUGAUGCGGCUAGCGGAUUUGAGCUCGUAUCAUUCCUCUUGGGAACAGAAUCGUCGGCAUGAUGCUGAGCAUGUCUGA